AUGUCGUCUCUGUUCACCUUGUACAUCGAUGACUCCCAUGAGUUGUGGACUCCUUCCUCCAUGGGGGCGAAUGACGAGAGGCCGUCACGCUCGUCAGUCUUCCUCACACGUGCUCGGGGGCUGGUGACCUUCGAGAAGGUGGCUCUGUAUUUCACCAAGGGGCAGUGGGAACUUCGGGACCCAGGUCAGAGAGACGUCAUGCAGGAGAACUAUGAGUCCCUGAUAUUGCUGGACUUUCCGAUUCCUAAACCCAACGUGAUCUCUCGGAUGGAAACAGUGGAAGAGCUGGGUGUCCCGGAUCCCCACGCCGCUAAGGAAUGGGAGAUCCUGAGAGUAGCCCCCACAGAUGAUGGGAUGGGGAGUGAGCAUGAGGAGGAGAAUCUGGAGCAGGAAAGCCCUGAGAUGGUGGAAUUGGACAUGAUGUUGCUGGGAAGAGCUGAAGAGAACAUUUUCCAGAGUCCUGAACUUGGAGAAGCCUGUGAGAGUCAAUGUGGACUGGAGAGGCAGAGAAGGGUUUAA